AUGGAGACUGGUGAUUUUGAUAACACCCCAGCGCCGAGCACUCGGCCAUCACUGGCGAUUCUGCGGCCCGAAGAAGAUGAUACGGGAUUGUCCAUUGCUUCUUCUCACCAAGGCUCGACUUCAUAUCGGCACCAUCUCUUGAAGACUGUCACUGGCGGCUCUUUUAUUGCAGACAGAAACCUGCCUGUCCCGCCGAUUCUUAGCUCGUACUCCCUCCCGAAGAGCGUUCAUGCCAUAAUAGAUGGUCCCAAGCUCGAGAGAGAAAACCAGUCGUUUAGUGCCGAGCAGCAGAUAAAAGCACCAGCUACUCCGCCGCCCGCGCCAAUUCCCGGAAAACGCGGAGCCCCUCAGCAGACUCCAAAGCCAGAGAGAGAUGUUUCGAGUCUUCCCUUGACUGAGAUGAAGCAGAGAGCUCUAGAGCACAGCAGAAAUCGUUCCCGAAACACGGAGUCAAGCGUUGACAACAGUUCGACACGAGAUUCUGUGCGUCUUUCAUCCACCGUUGGAAGAAACUCUCCAGUUUCAGACCAAGUGUCCAUACGAAGCGGCGAGACUCAUGAGACUCGAGCUGAUGGGAGUGCCUUAGUCACCAAAGUGUCCGUUACCGUCCCCAGGAUACAAGGCCACAACCCAGUGGUCAAGGUUCGCCCUGCCUUUGACCAAGUAUCUCUAUUUCCAGAAGCAGACAAAGCACAUGAAUAUGUUCCCCGAUCUGUUGAGAAAGUUGGCCCAUUUGUCCCCGAGCUUAACAAGCAUUCAGAGGUUUCAAGCACACCUUCUAGCCAAAUUCGCCUGUACCCAACUCAGUCUGAGACCCCACACCAACAGAGUGAGAGUAUUUCGAAGUUUAAUGUCGAGAACAACCCGGAUUUGGGUACUAAGAAGUACGAAUCGCUUUCAAAAGUCCGACCCUUUGAUCACACAUAUUCAAAAGGAUGUUACUCUCAUGAAAUUGAAAACGAUGCCAGGCCUGGCGAGGAAGCAAAGAGGCCCAUCGACCAAAAAGACCAGUCAUCAACGCCAAACAUUUUGAACAGCACAGAACAUGCUCUGGAUGAGUGUGAAAUUGCAAAUGGCGAGUAUCAACUGCAAAGAAAACGGGUCUCGGGGCAACAUUCGAUUCGAAAGGAUGAGACCUUCCCAACAGAAAAUGAAUUUGGUACACAUUUAAUAGAGGAACACGGAGAGGAAGCAGACUUUGUAAACCCUACGACAAAAGGCAGUGAAGCUCAACAUGAAGUCUCUCAAUGCAAUGUAUGCCCUACCUCUGUGGAAAACCGUCAGCAUGAAUGGGACAUUUGCACGACAGUCUCAGCUGUGGAACAAGCAGCAGGAGCUCAUUCUAUCCAGGAAUGCGCUCCCUCCAAAGACGCCAAAAGCAUCGAGACUAAUCAGCAUAAUAUGUCUGAUUGCCAAGGAGAUGAGCGCGAGCUCAUGAUUAUUACGAGCGGAGAGCCCCUCAUCGCUAAACAUCAAAAUAGUCAAGACUCUGGAAAUGGAGAAAACGGCACGGAUCAAGAAGGGAGCAACCCUUCAGAAACUAAAAAUGGUCAUCGUAACGCUCUACAAUGGAUUAAACAGGUGUUUCGACAGCGUGGCUCCAAUGAAAGCGCCCCUACGAAUUUCACCGUGAUGGGGCACAAUCGACGAAGGGAUUCCGAGCCUUUGAGAAAGACAUCUGAUCGAAAUACCCUACUGGCCGGAAGCUCAUCUCAAUCAGCCAAGUCCGGCACAGGCAUUGAUGAGGCUGGAUUUACACAAGCAGUGAGUGAUUUAGAGAGGCUAUUUGGCGAGGCCAUCGCCGUCAUAUCGCAGGCGGUUGAACACUCUGAAAAGUUUUGUAACCAAAGGAUACAGAUUCCAGAGCAUGAGCGAUACCCACGCGCCCAAAGCCUCGGCAAUCAUCACAGAUUCCUAGAAGCGGCCUCGAAUUCUGGAGGUCGACGGCUAUCCGAGAUGGAACUUAUUGAGAUAUUUCCUCACAGGGCAGAGACUGCACCCACGAGAGACUCUACAAACAAGACAUCAUUGGUUGUUCCAAAUCGAAGAUCAAGUUGGAAAAAAUCCCCGUUAGGCCGUCAUCAGCCUGCCAAUUCUCACCAAGGGAUUCCCAUUCGCGAGCAGGCAUCAUCUUGUUCAAUCUCAGGUGCUGUGUGCGACGUAUUGGAAGUGGUCGAAUUUAGUCGAGACGAUAGAAAAACAACCUCGAACAACACUGUCCGUAGAAUCACACCCCCCGAUCAUCAUUUGUCAGGUCGCAAGGAACUUGCUGGGGAUAACACCCUGCCCGAAAGGGAUGUUGCUGGACGCCAAAUGAACCAUGACCAUGGGAUAAAUCUGCGUCAUAGGUCCCAUGUGAGCCUUCGAGGUCUCCAGCCCUUCAGUCUUGCUCGGUCACACAAAAGGCAAUCGAUUGCUCGAGAUUGGUCGCCAGUACGCAAAAGAUUUGUCGCGACCGUUGCUUGCAUCAGUACCGCACUAAUCGGGCUCAUCGUGGGAAUAUACUCUGGCCUGGUUCCAAAGAUACAGUAUUAUAUCAUCGACGAGUCGCACCUGGCCGUACUUGGAAACGCAGGCUGCUUCCUAGGUCUGGCCAUACCGACUUUCUUUUGCUGGCCAUUGCCUCUUCUGCAUGGGCGCAAGCCGUAUAUCUUGACGAGCCUAGCGCUAGCGAUGCCGCUCCUGUUUCCCCAAGCUCUGGCUGUUGAUUCACAGCGAAUAACUAACACGGGGUCUUGGAGAGCCUUGCUCCUCGCCUCAAGAGCUCUGAUGGGUGCGUCCCUAGGCUUUGCAAGUAUGAACUUUCAUUCGAUUCUCACGGAUCUGUUUGGUGCAUCUCUGAUGAGUGCGAACCCACAUGAGGAGGUUGUCGAUCGCUACGAUGCCAGAAGACACGGAGGAGGAAUGGGAAUCUGGCUAGGAAUUUGGACCUGGUGCUGGAUUGGAUCCUUGGCAGUCGGAUUUCUAAUCGGCGCAGCCAUCAUAAACGAACAACCUCCAGCCUGGGGCUUCUAUGUCAGCAUUAUACUCAUUGCGAUGGUACUCAUUCUCAACAUCAUCUGCCCCGAAGUCCGAAGAUCAGCAUACAGACGGUCAAUGACUGAAGUAAGAACUGAAACAGAUAUUUCAAGACGUAUUGCCCGCGGCGAAGUGAUGAUGCAUCGUGUCAGGACAGGGCCGAAAUGGUGUGGCCAAGAAGUCUUCCAUGGGGUGCUUCUAUCAUUAGAAAUGCUACACCAGCCUGGAUUCGCAGUAUUAGCUCUCUAUGUUGCUUGGAUUUAUGCGCAGAUCGUUUUGACCAUCAUCCUACUUGGUUCGCUCACCUCAAAGAUCUAUCGACUUCAAUCACCAUACGUCGGCUUCCUUGUUGGUUCUGUGGCGCUGGGGGCAUUACUGGCUAUACCUUUCCAAAAAGCUAGUUUUUUCUCUCGAUCGCGAGGAUCAAGAGUCAACAGCAGCCGGGCAACUCUAGACAGAAAGCUUUCAUGGACAUCUCAUCUUGGCCGGCGUGCUGUUUUUACGUCGUUGUUACCGGUGGCUGGGGGUUGCUACGCAGCUGCAUCAACGGGACCCCCUCUUCAUGUCAGUGUUCCAACUCUUCUGGCUUUCGGUGUUGGUUUCCUUUCGUCUCUUGCGAUAUCCGAAUGUAAUGGAAUCAUCAUGGAAGCAUUUGACACCUCAGAUCUGUGCCCUGGGAUGACGGGCCGACAGAGAGACCCGUCGGGGGACAUGGGGAAGCGAAUCAACUACUCAUCCUUUCCACGAGUUACUUCAGGGUACGCCAUAAUACAUACUUUUGCUUUCAUUCUAUCUGCAUUCUCGACAGCGUUGGGUGGUCUCAUGACAAGAACACUGGGUCAAAGGGUCAGCUCAGGAAUCGUGGCGGGAAUCUUGUUUCUGCUGACGAUGUCACUUUUACUCGUCCUCAUUCGAUUCAAGAAUGUGCAAAUUAUCCCAGACUCCAAGACUGAGGAGAUGGAGAAGAUUGUUGACGCACGCCGAAAAUCUAUCGCAAAAAUUGAGACAAUCACAGAGGAAGGACAGGACAUUUUCGAAGCUGAUGAGGCAUGGAAACCAGCCAUGAUGGGGAACCCUGUCAGCGAGCUCCGGCGAAUGAACGUCUUGGAAUUCGGGAGCAUGAGCCGAUGGCAGGAGAUACGUAAAAGAAACAAACUCAUCGAUGAAGAUGCUCACCUGUGUAACCGGACCGCGCUUGGUGAGGGGCUGGAGGCAUUGGAUGAUCAUAUGAGCGAGCUUCGGAGGGAUGCUCACGAGUUGUUGAGAAUGGCGAGCCUCAAGAGUCUCAAGGGCAAGCGCUCCAGACUGUUUCGUCGAAGCGAUCAAGGAAGCGACAAUUCCCAUCAGCUAGAAAUGGACAACCUAAGCACUGGAGGAGAAAGCAUCGAACAAACUUCUGGCUCACAAUUCCAAGAGCGGGACCUUGGUAGUCGUACGGUCCUUGAAGAGGACGAAAUUGAAGGCACAAACUCACACCAAGUGCGGGACAAGUAG